GAAGGCUCCGGGGCGGCCCGAGGACCCGGCGCCGCCUGGAGGAAGUGACACUGGCUGGCACUGGCGAAGGCCCCGUGCCGCGGGCACGUCUGGCGUUCUGAGCUGCAGGGCAGCGCGGAGGGGUGAGGCGGGGGGCUGGCACCACAGCUCGCCCUCACGCCAGGCGGUCUCGGGGCUCAGUGCGCGGGCGCCUGCCAGCCGCCUCCGUGUUCCCUUGCGCCCAGCCCUCCCUCCCGAGCUGGGCAUCCCUGGGGCCUGCCUGUGUCCACCCAAGGUCGCCUGCUGGGCGAGGGGCAUCACAGGGUGGCCCCAGGGCCGGGGCCGGCCGCUGUGGCUGUCAGCCUGGCCAGUGCUGGCUUUCUGAGAGCCAUUUUUAUCCGCAAAACUGGGGUCACGAAUGCACCCCUCCGGUGUGGUUGUGGAGAGAAAGGAGCCACGGUGGAUCUCAGGCCCCUGCCUCCCCCCUCGCCCCACAGCCAGGCUGGUGUGAUGGGGGGCUGGGUCCCUCCAUUCUAGGGGAGAGGGCUUGGGGCCAUGGGGGUCCCGGGAGACCCCCUGGGGUGGGCCUGGGAGGACUCUGGCAGCGUGACGUGGACGGGGCCCCCCGGGCCCCGGCAAAGGUGGGUGAGGAGGCGGGUGUGGGACAGUGGGGCGGGGGCUGGGCGAUGGCCGCACCCCUGUUCCUCCCUGCAGAGAAGCAGCUCCUGCUGGCGAAGGAGCUCGGGGACCUGCCGGAGGCCCAGCGCGAGCGCAUGCUUCGGGGCAUGCCCUUGAACCUGGCCGAGAAGCGCCGCCUGCGGGAGGAGAGCCGGAAGCUGAGCGGGAGGCCGGGGGGCCGGCGGGACCGCCGCGGGCCACCUUCCUGCUGCAGCCGGCUCCAGCUGGCCUGCACCCUGGCCCUGCACAGCCUGGGGCUCGCGCUGCUGGGGGCGCUGCAGGCCCUGGCCCCCUGGCGCUACGCCCUGAAGCGGAUCGGGGCCCAGUUCGGCUCGAGCGUGCUCUCCUACUUCCUCUUCCUCAAGACGCUGCUGGCCUUCAACGUCCUCCUGCUGCUGCCCCUGCUGGCCUUCAUCGUGGGGGUGCAGGCCGCCUUCCCGCCUGCGCCCCCGGGGCCCCGCCCCCCCUUCACGGGCCUGGAGCUCCUCACGGGCGGGGGCCGCUUCACGCACACCCUGCUGUACUACGGCUACUACAGCAACGCCACGCUCAGCCAGCCCUGCGCCGCGGCCCCGCCGGGCGGCCCGUGCACCCCCGAGGCCCGGGGCGUGCCCUACAACAUGCCCCUGGCCUACCUCUUCACCGUGGGCGCCGCCUUCUUCGUCACCUGCAUCACCCUGGUGUACAGCAUGUCCCACUCUUUCGGGGAGAGCUACCGGGUCGGCAGCACCCUAGGGGUCCACGCCAUCACCGUUUUCUGCUCCUGGGACUACAAGGUGACCCAGAAGUGGGCUUCCCGCCUCCAGCAGGACACCAUCCGGACGCACCUCAAGGAGCUGCUGGCCCCGCGGCAGCUGCGCCAGGGCCGCCAGAGCCUGUGCGGGAGGCUGCGGCAGGCGGCCGUGCUGGGGCUCGUGUGGCUGCUGAGCCUGGGGGCCACGCUGGGCUGCACCCUGGCCGUCUACACCUUCUCCGAGUUCAUGGUCAAGAGCCCGGUGUCUGCCGAGAGGGAGGGGGCCCAGCUGGCCCUGCCCCUGGUGGUCAGCCUGCUCAACCUGGGGGUCCCCUACCUGUACCGUGGCCUGGCUGCCCUGGAGCGGCGUGACUCCCCCGUGCUGGAGGUGUACGUGGCCAUCUGCAGGAACCUCAUCCUCAAGAUGGUCAUCCUGGGGGUUCUUUGCUACCACUGGCUGGGCCGCAGGGCGUCCACCCUGAGGGACCAGUGCUGGGAGGACUUCGUGGGCCAAGAGCUGUACCGGCUCAUGGUGAUGGACUUCAUCUUCACGCUGCUGGACACGCUGUGUGGGGAGCUCCUGUGGCGGCUCAUCUCCGAGAAGAAGCUUAAGCAGAGGUGGAAGCCCGAGUUUGACAUCGCCCGGAACGUGCUGGAGCUGAUUUACGGGCAGACGCUGGCCUGGCUGGGGGUCCUCUUUGCACCCCUCCUGCCUGCCUUGCAGAUCAUCAAGCUGCUGCUGCUCUUCUACAUCAAGAAGACCAGCCUGAUGGCCAACUGCCGGGCGCCGCGGAGGCCCUGGCUGGCGUCGCACAUGAGCACCGUCUUCGUCUCGCUGCUGUGCUGCCCCUCCUUCCUGGGGGCCGCCCUCUUCCUGUGCUACGCCAUGUGGCAGGUGAAGCCGUCCAGCACCUGCGGCCCCUUCCGGACCCUGGACACCAUGUACGAGGCGGGCAGGGCGUGGGUGCGCCAGCUGGAGCAGGCGGGCCCCAGCGUGUCCUGGCUGCCCUGGGCCCACCGGCACCUGGUGGAGAGCACCUUCCCCAUCUACCUGGCGUCCGCCCUGCUCAUGGCCGUGAUCUACCUCCACAUCCAGGUGGUGAAGGGCCAGCGCAAGGUCAUCUCCAUCCUCAAGGAGCAGAUCAGCAACGAGGGGGAGGACAAAAUCUUCUUAAUCAACAAGCUUCACUCCGUCUACCAGAGGAAGGAGAGGGGCAGGGCUGGCAGGACCCAGGCCGCCGAGCCGCCCCAGGACGCGCUCGCCGACGUGCUGGGUGCCCGCUAGGAUGGCCCGGCGUUCCUGUUUGGCACACUGCCGGGCCCUGUGCCGGGCCCCCUGGAGAGAUGGCCCGAGGCAGGCUGGCCUGCCUGGGCGGCCCCCGGUGACCUGCCUGGGACACGGAGGAGGCGCGGGACUCUGCAGCCCACACACGCUGCAGCCAGAGGAUGCGCGACGGGCGCCCGGGGCGCUCCCCGCUACGUUAUUUAUUCCAAUUAAAAGUGUUUUGCAGAACGGGA